AAUAUCGGCUUCACUCCGGCUGCGCACAACCAUCCACUCCAUCCACUCCAGAUUUGUCACGUCAUCCGGAAAUACCCCAGCCAGACGAGAACGAUUGUGAGCGAUUCAAGACUUUUCGUCUUGUGAGCGAAUAUUGUCUUGAAGUGUUUCUAGUCGUCCUAUCUUAAGACGACAAUAUCGUUCCCAUGAAGGCAGCCACCAGAUCCGUAUUAGAGUUAUAAACGUCGGAGGAUUUGGGUUUCUUUAUUCUUCGUCCAAAGGGACGAAUCUUAUUUCGACAUGGCUGUGGUUCUUCCUUCAGACGAUAACGACCUCUUUUCCUCGUCCUCUUUGAGGAGAUCUCAUUCUCAACCUAGAUUCAUGUCGGGUCCGUCGCAGAGCUUUCAUACCUCGGCUUCGACCUCAAAAAUAGGCGACGCGUUUCACGAAUCCUACCACGAGGUCUACCACCACCAUCCUCACAUAGUACCCAAUUCUAGCCCGUCUUCUGCUCCAUCUUCUCCUCGCACCCUCCAACCCGAGUCUUCCGAACCAUCGUAUUCUUCCACGCCAGCCACUAACCUAUCUCUCGACGGACAAUGCGAAGAAGACAUUCGCAUCCAGCCCGAUGACCACCUCUUUGUGUCCGGGCUCGGCCACAAUCCGUAUUUUGGUCCGCUUGAGGACUUGGAACCGCCUCCGAGUCCUCGAACAGGCGAUUCAUAUACCGUAUCUCCAACUGACCCUGAUACGUCAGCGGCUACUUCACGCCCAGAAUCACCGGAUGCCUUAGAGCGUGCUGAAGAUGAUACGGCCGUUGAGCACCAUCCCACUCACCAUGUCGAUUAUCUAUCGCACGACUGGAGGGAAGAAGAUAUUUGGUCGUCCUGGAGGUAUAUUGUCGCCAAGAGAUCCGAGUACAGCAAUGGGCCACGACUCGAGAACGCGUCCUGGAGGACUUGGAUGAAAGCUAAGUAUAAGUUAAAAACAGUAACGCCGGAGACUCUAAACUGGCUCAAGGACUGUGACGUGACUUGGCUCUAUGGACCUCUACAGACUCGCCGUGGGGAAUUAUUUCCCACUGACACAGAACAAGAGAAUUCUAGACUGUCGAGAUGCGACUCGUUUGUUAACAAAAAGCCUAUCCUUAAGAAGAGGAGUAUGUCAGAGGUCAUGCUCCAAAGAUCGCUCUCUACCUCAUCGCUCCUAAAACAAGCUACGGCCGCCGUUCAGGCUCAGCAAAAAGAUGGUGCCGUCCGUGUUAGCCGACCCAUAUUACUCCGCGCCACCACAGAUUAUGUCACCUUUCCCUUCUCCUCCAGAAGGAGGAGCCGUGAGAAUACGAGUAUGGUGCCAUCCACAGCUUCGUCUGGCAUUAUCUCGCCUUCCUCGGAACGGAAGCAUAUUCACUUUGACGAGCAGGUCCAGCAGUGCAUCGCAGUUGAUGUAAAGGGAGAGGACGAGGAUGAGGACGAAGUAGAUCACCACCGCCGCUGGGCAUAUAACGACGACAGCGAUUCCGAUGAUGGCGCAAUCAUGAUGAAGAGAACCAAGACGUCCAAGAAACCCAUUCUUCCACGAAAGAGAUCUCCGGUGAAUACACCCGCCGAGAGUAAGACCAUCGCGAUGCUACCUUCGACGACUUUGAAGUAUAGGGAAGAUUCCCCCAAUCCUGAAACUGCAAUGAAGCACAGCACAGGCCAUUUGAGGAGUCCAAUCAUAUCACCGUCUUCUUCCCAAGAGACGUUAAGACCUUCUAAGGCAUCAAGCCCAUUUCUUGUAGGUGACGAUGGCGAAGAAUUAGACGAGGAGACCAGCUCAACCCCAGUAUCUAGCCCAGUAGACGCAACGUCACCCUUUAAACAAAGCCCCCUACGUUCCUCGUCCACGAAUAAUCACCUCAAUGAACCGACAGGCAUGCGUCGGACGGAGAGUGGCAUGUUCAUGCCAUUUGAGGAGGGCGAUGUCCAGCCUAACGAUGGAAUAAUUGGACGGGUAAUAGAUACGGUCAACACUGCUCGGGAUAUUGCACAUGUCAUCUGGAAUGUCGGUUGGAGGAGGUGACAGGGCCACAUCGUUUUAUCGUCGAAGCAUAGGAUCUAAUGGGCGGGGAGUAACCACGAAUCGACGGGAAUAUCCUUAUAAGGACGCUACUUGGUGCGGUUCUUGUUCUAGUAUAUCCUGGAACCGCAUUUCGUGGCUGGUUUGAUAGGACAUGGGCCUGCCAACGCACCGUCGGGGGUUUACUACCUAUAACUGCAUAGUAUCUGGCAUCUGGCAGAUCGACUAAUGCGCUAAUAUUUUUCAAAAGCAAAAUUACUUUUAUAUCAGAGAACUCGGGUCUUUGGAACUGGAGUGGGGAAGACAAUUACACGGAACGGAAUCACGGAAAUACCACGGGAGGGGUUUCCUCCACCGGCGAUUUAAUGAGGCGUUCUAUGUAUUGAUUUACCAUGGGAACUAUAUCAUCGGCGGGUUGAGGUGGAAUGGACAAACUAUAGAAGGAAAAAAAGCAAUAUUAUCGAAGUGCGUUUCAAGGGCACCCCUUUUGAAGAACGGACAGCUACGAGGAUCUUCUAUUGACCCCUA